AUGGAACACUUGUGUCCGCAAAUUGAACAGUUGGUGUCGUGCUUCACGUGCAGCUCGCAAACGUUGCCGCCGUACCGGUUGUGCGCGAAGGCGCACGUCGGCUGUCCAUCGUGUAUCAAAUACAUGUCGUUGUGUGCUUGCGGUAGCCAUUUCCUCAAAAGUCCGAACACGAUAUUUGACUGGGUAGUGUCCGCCAUGAAGUUACAAUGCAAGUACAGAGCUAAUGACGUAGACGACGAUGUAGGGUCGUCCGGUCCAGAACAAGUUGACUGCGCGGACAGGUGGUUCACAGUCCAGGAACUUCGGGACCACUAUCUGACAGGUUGCACAAAGAAUUUAUUCACGUGUCCAUUGCAGAAUUGCGGUCACGUGGCCCGCGUUGACACCAUAACCGAUCAUUACGAAACGGUACACGGCCCGUUCGAGCCUCUUAGCUUCAACAACCAGCAGGCACCGAAAUGCGCCAUAUUCAAGUUACAUGCCAAGAAACAGUCACAAAUCUUAAAAAAGAUUUGCAAUGGAUAUUUUAUGUUUAGCGUUAAGAAGUUUCGUCGCAGGUACAACGAGUUCAACCCAAUACCACUGUCCAUGCAAAACAUCAAUCCUUCAGAUUCGCUCAAGUACACGUACACCGCAUUGUUGGAAUCGAACCAGAAAAUGAUUAUUGUCUCCGUAACAUUGGUAGAGCCGUACAAUUUCUGGCCUAAAAUUUAAAUGAGAUAUAGCGCUGCGGCUAA